UUCUUUUUUUUUUUUUUUUUUUUUUUCCUUUAUUUUGUAAAACACACUAAAUAAUGGUUAAUACACCUUUACCACAAGAUCUUGCAGAGGAAUGUAAAAAAGCUGCAAAGAUUCUCAAUAGUUUUAUUGACCCUGUUGCAGCAAAGGGUCCCGAUAAAGUUAUUCCUCCAAAUGUAUUGCAAAAAGCUAAAGGUUUUGCUAUAUUUACAGUUAUUAAAGCAGGUUUUUUAUUUUCAGGUAGAAUGGGAGCAGGUCUAGUUGUAGCACGUUUAGAAGAUGGAACUUGGAGUGCACCAUCAGCAAUAAGUACUGGAGGUAUGGGUUUUGGAGGUCAAAUAGGUGCUGAAAUGACGGAUUUUGUUAUAGUAUUAAAUAGUAAGGAUGCUGUGAAAACAUUUACGAAAGGUGGUAAUGUUACAUUAGGAGGAAAUUUAUCUGUUGCUGCUGGUCCUGUUGGACGUACGGCUGAAGGUGCUGGAUCUUUAUCACUUGGUCACGCUGCUGCUAUAUUUUCUUAUAGUAAAUCAAAAGGUUUAUUUGCUGGUGUAUCAGUUGAAGGUAGUGUUAUUUUUGAAAGAAAAGAUGCCAAUGCAAAAUUUUAUAAUCGUAAAAUUUCUGCAAAAGAAUUACUUUCAGGUCAAGUUACACCUCCCCCACAAGCUGAUGUUUUAUAUAGAGCUUUAAAUGCAAAAGCUUCAAGAAAAACUAUCAUUGAUCAUCAAGAUAAUGAUUCAUCUAAUGAUGAUGCGAUUCGUUCUCGUUCAUCAAGACUUAGUACUAAUAUCAAUAAUAAUCAUAAUCAUCAAAAUAGAUUUAGUCAACCUCCUCCUUAUACUCCAAAAAUUACCAACAAUCCUUUUGAAAAAGAGGAAGAAAAUUAUAAUGAUAAGAAAUCAUCAAUAACUUCAAAUACAUCGAAUUCACAAAAAACACAUUCUUAUCAUACUGCUUCUAGUAAACCUCCUUUGGCUCCAAAACCAAACAAACCUCCUAUGCCACCUCGUAAAAAGUUAGAAACUGCUAUUGCUGCUUAUGAUUUUCAAGGCGAACAGGAUGAUGAUCUAAGUUUUAGUAAGGGCGAUAUAAUUAUUAUUAUAAAGAAAACCGAUAGUAUUAAUGAUUGGUGGGUCGGUAAAUGUAACGGAAAAGAAGGAAAUUUUCCUGCUAAUUAUGUUGAACAGAAAUGAUGUAAAGUCAUCAAGAGGAAUUUUAAAUACUUUCUUUUUUUUCUUGGAAUUUCGAGUUUUUUAAAAUCUUGACAAGUGAGAAUUUUUUAAGAAAGGCUAUAUCGAAAAAACUCAGAUCAGCUGAAAGUUGAAAUCAAUAAUAAGAUAUUUUAUUUUAUAUACUAGAUAAAAGGAUAAUGAGUGGGUAAUAUAUCUUUAUUAUUAUUUCUUAUCAAUAUUUUUAUUCAAUUUACUGAUAAUAUUAAAUUAUUUAUAUAUAUAAUUGUAAAAAGAUUUAUUAAGUUAUAUAGCAGAUAGAUGUAAUUCUGUAUUAUUGUUUUUACUUAUAAAAUGUAAA